AUGUUGAUCAGCUAUCAGAUUUUCUUCGGAAUUUCGAAUAGCUUCUCAGCAAAGAUAUGGAGUAUUUUGAAAGGGAUUAAGCUCGCUCGUGCCAAGGGCUUUCAGCAGUUGUGGAUUGAGUCUGACUCUUCUGUGGUAGUUUCCUUCUUUCACCAUAGGCUUAUUCCAUGGUUUGCUCUUCAGGUGUGGAACCAUAUUCUUAGCUACUUAAAUGCUAUUGUGUGGAAGAUAUCCCACUGUUACAGAGAAGCCAACCCUGUUGCGGAUUUUCUGGCUAAGGAAACUGCUAAAACUGGGACAUCUUUUGAUGAUGUUUCUCUAUCUCUUCGCAUCAGGCAUGAAUUAGCUAUUGACGAAGCAGGCCGUACUUGCUUUAGAUUUUUGAGAUAG